AUGGAUUCAAGCUCGAAAUCCGGCGGCGCGGUUACUCCAGCGAAAGAGAAAAUCGCCCGAUCGAAGUCCGAGAAUGUAAACCCUAACGUGAAGUUCUCGAAUUCACCACUGAUCACCAAAUCCGAAAGGAGCGCCAAGAAAUCUGCCUGCAGAAACGCAACCUCCAACCCUAAGCAGUUGAUUAUGGCCUCGCCGUCGCCGAAGAAGAAGAUUCGAGAGAGGAAGUUCGUGAUCGCGAAGAAGAGGGUGCGCAACCAAGAUCAGGGUUCCCUGGGCACUGCGGCGGGGGCUUGUGACAAGUGUAAGAAGGCGACAGAAAUUGAGGGGGAUGGAGCCUUAUCAGACAAGGUUGAUGUUGAUGAGUCCACAGAGAAUGAUGAUGGGGGUGUAAAGAGGAGUCGGGAUAGGUUGUUGGAAGAAGCAAAAGUGCGAGUACGGACGCCAGGGUCUGGCAGGGUGAUGAAUUUGGUGAAGGAAUUUGAGAAGCUUACGACGUUCAAAUUGGGGAAUUCUGAGGAAAAUCAUGUGGAGGAGGCGGAGAAUGAUAAAGUUGGUAUAGAUUUGGCAUCGGAUGGACUGGAGCCACCACCUAAGGCUCCAGAGACACAGGUUUCAUCUUCUUCGUUCUGUCCAUCGAUUUUUCAGCUGACAUCAGAGAGCUUAGGACUUGAUCCUCGUCGUUCAUAUUCAUUAGACAGCAAUGAUGGAAGUAGUGUUGCAACCAUGACGACUGCUGGUGGUCAAAAAAGCAGGCGAAGUAAGACUCUGGAAGAGAAGCAGCGGAAAGUAACCUCUCUAAAGCCUUUCAUGCUUAGAACAGAGGAAAGAGGAAAAUGCAAGGAAGAAGUAUUCCUGAAAAAGUUACAGCAGAUGAUUGAAGAAGAGGAGAAGAUGAAGGUACCCAUAGCGCAAGGUCUACCUUGGACAACAGACGAACCCGAGUGUUUGGUGAAACCUCCAGUUAAAGAAGUCACAAGUCCAGUUGACCUCGUGUUGCACAGUGAUGUGAGGGCUGUAGAUCGAUCUGAAUUUGAUCAUCAGGUUGCAAUGAAAAUGAAUAUGGUUGAACAGUACCGGAUGGAAAGAGAGAGACAACAGAAGGAGGCAGAAGAAGAAGAAAUCCGGAGGCUGAGGAAGGAGCUCAUUCCGAAAGCUCAACCCAUGCCAUAUUUUGACAGGCCCUUUGUCCCCAGAAGGUCCGAGAAGAACCCCACCAUACCCAAAGAGCCCAAGUUCAACUUACCUCAGCAGAAGAAGACCAAAUGUAACUUGUCUUUAGAUGACUUCGUAGCGCAUUGCCAGUGAACACAAGCAAAUAGGAAUUCAUCUUUCUUGGUCAUUCAUUCCAUCCGUUUGUAUAUGUUGCAAUAAUUUGUGAGAGGCUUGCAGUUUUGGGUGCUAAAAGAUGAUUGUUUGCUUGGCACAAUGGUGUGCCAAAUUUAUUGAUUUCUUCUUUCCUCCA